AUCAAUGUCUCACCAACCCGAGGAUCGUGUCAAACUGAUGCGUAUCUUUCAUGCACGUAUGGAUUCAUCAUACAACGAGAUUAUGCAAGCCUCUGAAGACCAAUGGCCCCAGAUCAGGCGUGAUUUCUUCUGUGGUGCACUGCUCGGACAUCCAGCUGAAAAGUUAACCAACUCUCGUGAAUUCCAUGCAUUCAAGAACGGCUUUGAUAAGUUUCUGACGUUGUCAUUGCCAUCUCUAUGUCAUGCAUUGGCUCCAAUGUCUAAGACAUUGUUUCAAGCCAUAUUCAACCGACGUGUCACAGCUGAAUCACUGAUCCCACUCUUGCGAUUUGAACUUGAUGGCGAUGGAAACUUUCGGGCACAAAUGUCUCCGCUGUUGCGUUCAUUCGAGGAUGCCUUCCAUCGCUAUCUCCGGGGUAGUGGUCGUCCAACGGACCCAUCAUUGGCUGCAUUCAUCAUUCACGAUGAUGCAGCUGCUGAUCCCAACUAUCGUGCUCGACGUUUUGUCAAGGUCUUGAGUGGAAUCAAUCUUCUGCCACCAACCACACUUCGUAUUUUCAAGGUGAUACACACGGCACCCAUCCCUGCAGACUGUACUUAAUGAUUGAUGUCU